ACAUAAUUCAAUAUUAUUGAAGCAAUGUUAAUUAAGAUGACAGAAUUGUAAUACUUUAUUGUAAAGUACUGAGAGUUCCACUAGAGCCAACAAGGCAAUAAACAAAGAGAUUUACUUCACUUUUUCAAGCCAUUCAGGUAGAUGCUGAAGAAACAAUCUUAAAUGACACAAUUUUCAGUGAUAUCACUAUCACACCAGUUCAUCUAUAAAUACUGUGAAGAAGUCAAACAAGCAGCUGCUGUCACAACACAUUCAACUACUCUACUAUUCUGAUCCACUGUUGUAAUGAUGGAGUGUGUUAAAGAGGAGACUGAUCCUGAAUCAUUCACAAUAACACCUCAACAUACUCAACAACAAACAGACCUCAUUAAAGUAAAGAAGGAAGAAGAAGAACAUGAUGAAAUGAAGAAGGAGCAUCAGGACCACAGUUUCAUAACUGAAGAAAAUUCUUCCAGCUCCUCACAAACUGAUGAGAAUUUAACUCAAGAAACAGCUGAAGCCAAAAAACUUUAUGCUUGCAAUCUUCGUGAUACGAGUUUAUCAAAAAAAGGCCAACUAAAGAAUCACACAAGGAUUCACACUGGUGAGAGGCCUCACGCAUGCACCCACUGUGAGAAGACUUUCGUUCAAAAAAGUCAGCUUAAGGUUCACAUAAGAGUUCACACUGGUGAAAGGCCGUUCACCUGCCCUCAGUGUGAUAAGAGUUUCCGAACAAAAUCAAAUCUAGAGUGCCAUUUACGAGUUCACACUGGAGAAAAACCUUUCACGUGCCCUCAUUGUGAUAAGAGUUUCACACAAAAAGGAAGUCUUCAGAUUCACAUACGAAUGCAUACAGGUGAGAAGCCUUUUUCAUGCAAUCUGUGUGAUAAGAGUUACACACAUGCAGAAAGUCUCAAAUUUCAUCUGCAGUUUCACUCGAAUGAAAGGCCGUUUAGCUGCGAUCAGUGCGAUAAGAAGUUUGUUUCGGCAGCUCUGUUAAAAGAGCACCUAAAGACUCAUUCAGAUGAGAGGCCGUUUUUGUGUACUGUUUGUGGGAAAAGUUUUCUAUCCCUUAAAAAAGUAAAAGCACACCAGAAGAGGCAUGCGGGUGUGAAGUGCUCUGUGUGUGGAAAUUUGUUUUUGGGACCCAAAGAGCUGGAACAGCACCAGAAGAUUCAUACUGGAGAAAAGUCGUCAGGUCCAAGCACAUGAUGUGAAAUGAAGAUAAACCUCACGGUUGACUUAAUUAAAAAUAUAUUUUUUUAAUGCGUUACAUCAAGUGUUGAAAUUUGUUCAUGUAGCUCAACUUGUGUUAACAGUGCAAAAGGUCAUGGGUUUGAUCCUCAUUCUGAUAAAAUGUAUAGCUUUAAUGUAUUGUAACUUGCUUUGAAUAAAAGUGACAUCCAAAUGCAUUAAAAUGUAAAUUUUUCUAGGAUUUAUUCUUUUAUUUCAUGUUAAAGUAGCAGUACUUCUAGAUUUUCAGUCAUUAGAGGUAAUUUGUUAAAUAAUCAUAACAACAGUCUUUAUCUGAUCUAAAAUCUAAAUUUAGUUAAUCGUGGAUAUGAUAAGAAGAGAACAAAAACAUUUUUGUGACUGAAAUGAAGGAAUUGUUCUCCCGAAACUGAAACUUUUUAACAAUAUUCACUUAUAAGCCAUCACUGCAUGUGUUAGAUGUUUCCAUUAUCAGAUGCAAUUCAGCAAACAAUCAAAAAGACAGAUGUGAUGUUUUGCAAGAUUUUAAGAGAUUCUUUAUUUCACUGACUUUGUGAUGUUACUUGCAAUUUAGACUACAAGAUAAUAGUUUUCAUACAAUUCAAUGUAAUUUCUUUUUAUACAUUAUGUAAACUUUUAAAUAAUUCUAAUUUAAGAUGCUGUGUUAUUCAGUAGAUUCUAUAGUGUUAUCGUUUGACAAAUGUGGGAUAUUUAACCUUGAAUAUAUUUAUUUCACCUAUACAUUUAUGUUUUGUAUCCUUUGUAGUUCAUUAAUUACCUUGCAUUUCACGAAUUUUGACAGAUUGAAUAAAGGGACUUUUAUUUUGCUUCUUGGAGCCUGUUGUGCGGUGACGUCAUAAGAGGUGCGCUCCCUCCGCUGCCUCUCUGUUGAGGUAGCAUUUAGGAUGAAAAUUAAACGAUUAAAAAUACGCUUUUAAACCAAUAUAUAUUUAAACAUUAUUCAAUAUUAUUAAAGCAAUGUUAGUUAAGUAAUACUUUAUUAUAAAGUACUCAGAGUUGUUCCACCACAUUUUAGGCCAUUCAGGUAGAUGGUGAAGAAACAAUCUUAAAUGAGACAAUCUUCAGUGAAGUCACUAUCACACCAGUUCAUCUAUAAAUACUGUGAAGAAGUCAAACAAGCAGCUGCUGUCACAACACAUUCAACUACUCUACUAUUCUGAUCCACUGUUGUAAUGAUGGAGUGUGUUAAAGAGGAGACUGAUCCUGAAUCAUUCACAAUAACACCUCAACAUACUCAACAACAAACAGACUUUAAACUGGAAAUUAAGGAGGAAGGUGAAGAACACGAAGUGGAGGAUGAACAUCAACACCACAGUUUUAUAACUGAAGAAAAUUCUUUCAGCUCCUCACCAACCAAUGAGAAAACAACUGAAGAAAGAGCUGAAGCCAAAAAAACUUUAGCUUGCCAUCUUUGUGAUAGGACUUUCAUACACAAAGGAAACCUCAAGUAUCACAUAAGGGUUCACACUGGUGAGAGGCCUUACGCAUGCUGCCAGUGUGAGAAGACUUUUAUUCAAAUAAGUGAGCUUAACUCUCACAUAAGGAUUCACAGUGGUGAGAGACCAUUCACCUGCCCUCAGUGUGAUAAGAGUUUCCUAAGAAAAUCAGAUCUAAAGCGUCACAUAUGGGUUCACACUGGAUUAAAACCGUUCUUGUGCCCUCAUUGUGAUAAAAGUUACAGAGGAAAAUCAGAUCUUGAGCGUCACAUACGGGUUCACACUGGAGUAAAACCUUUCUCUUGCCCUCAUUGUGAUAGGAGUUUCCGAGGAAAAUCAGAUCUAGAGAGUCACAUACGAAUUCACUCUGGGGUAAAAUCUUUCCCAUGCCCUCAUUGUGAUAAGAGUUUCCUAAGAAAAUCAGAUUUUAAUCGUCACAUAAGGGUUCACACUAGAGUAAAACCUUUCUCGCGCCCUCAUUGUGAUGAGAGUUUCCUAGGAAAAUCAGAUCUAGAAAGUCACAUACAGGUUCAGACUGGAGUAAAACAUUUCCUGUGCCCUCAUUGUGAUAAGAUUUUCAAAAGAAAAUCAGAUUUAAAGCGACACAUACGGGUUCACACUGGAGUAAAACCUUUCUCGUGCCCUCAUUGUAAUAGGAGUUUUCGAGAAAAAUCUGAUCUAGAGAGUCACACAGGAGUUCACACUGGAGUAAAACCUUUCCCGUGCCCUCAUUGUGAUAAGAGUUUCUUAAGAAAAUCUGAUUUAAAGCGUCACAUACGGGGUCACACUGGAGUAAAACCUUUCUCGUGCCCUCAUUGUGAAAAGAGUUUUCAACAGAAAGGAGGUCUUCAGAGUCACAUACGCAUUCAUACAAGUGAGGAGGACAGGCUGAGCUCACGCCAGAGGAGAGGCGGGUCAAACACUACAUCAACCAACCAGAAGAUGCUUUCUCUACCAAUGAACAUAAGAGUUAAUAUAGCUUGUGAAUUACUAUAUAUAACACCCGAUGCUACCACAACAUGAAUACACAGUGACUAAACAAAUUAUCUCCAAAAUCUGAUACUUAUAAGACAGUACUUACACGGAUGUCCUCAAGCGCCUGUUAUUAGAACAACACCCCAAAACCUUAUGUGGAGUUAAGUUGAUGUCAAGAUUGUAUAAAAUUAAUCACUUAUGUACUGUUUACUGCAAAAAAAAUUUUGUUUCGUUUUUACUUUUUUGUUGAAUUAGACUUUAAAUUAUUUUGUGUUUUAGAAGUAAAGAAAAUUGGAUUUUUUUUCCUUUCAGUGUAUAUAGUGAUGAUAUAGGUAUAAAUAUAGUAAGGCCUCUUAAUUUUAAUAUAAUUGUUUAUAUUUACUGUCAAACUCAUAAUUCUAUAUGAUUUAGAAUGCCUAAAUAUUUGCUCAUUGUUUAUAAUAAAAAUGGUUGCAUUCAAUGCUUCAAUAGGAGAAGCCUAAUUCGACUACCAAUCUCACAGUCGAAACGUCACAGAUGUGUUGUAAAAUGAGCAUCAUUACAUUUUGGCUGUAUAGGGGGGCACAUUAUCUGAUUUCACAUAAAACAGCUUUCUCCCAAUAUAUUAACAUAUACAAUUCAAUUUAAUUUAUAUAGCGCUUUUCACAAUUGGUAGUUGUUUCAAAGCAGCUUUACAUUAAUAGAAGCGGGGAAAACACAGAAAAAUCGGCAGGUAGCAUAACAUAAUACAGAUAGCUUAAGCAGAAGAAUUUGCUGUGGCUAUGAAUCAACAUUAUAAGCGAGCAUAUAACUUAUGUAACGUAAAAGGGUUCUAAGUUAAACCAAUGAAGGCCGACUUCCUGGGUUGAAAAACCCCCUAGGAGAAAAAACCCCAGACUUUUUUAGCCGGGAGGAAAAAAACCCUUGGGAUAUAUAUUUGAUUUAAACCUUCAUAACUUAAAAAAUACAGCUAAGUAGCACCAUAUAACAAAAUAAUGACAUUAUAACAAAAUAAUAAACAUGUUUUGACAAAAUGUAAAAAAAAUGGAUUUAUCUCGUUUUGCAACGAAACUCGAUAUAUAUAUCCCAAGGGUUUUUUCCUCCUAGAACUUUUUUCCUCCCGGCUAGGUUUUUUUCUAUGGGAAGAGGUUUCCAGAUUAAUAAACCAUUGUGAAGCAGUUUUCUCUUUGUUUCUACAGUUAAAAAGACAAAGUUGGCAAUUCUGGCUAUACUUUCAUUAUUUUAAUAAUUUCUUUGUUUUUAUUUAAUUUAUAGAUAAGGGUUAUCUGAUUGAACUAUUUGUUGCUUAUGUUUUGUUCCCCUGCACAUUUAGCCAUUUUGCACACAUGGUCUGCACCUUUUUACUUUUUUAUUUAUUAUAAAGGUAAAUUGUGAUUUAAUUUAAAUCUGUAAAUUUUGCUUAACUGAUUGCAAUUUAGCCGAACACACUAGGUGCUCUGUCAUAUUUAAGAGUUUAUAAAACUAAACAUCAAAAAACAAUUUUUUUGUUUAACUAAAAAACAGGUAAGUUGUUGCUGAAAUUUCGAUGAUAAUGCGUAUAAAUUCUUUAUGUCACUAUGUACGUUUUCAAUAAUUGUGAUUAAGAUGCACAGUUAUAUCUAUGUAUGCAGUUUAUUCAUCGGUAGAUUCUGUAGUGUAAUCGUUUGACAAAUGUGGGAUAUUUGACCUUGAAUAUAUUUAUUUUAUACAUUCAUGUUUUGGAUCUUUUGAUUUCCUUGCAUUUCAUGAAUUUUGACUAAUUGAAUUAAAAGACUUUUAUUUUGAUACGAGAAGCCUGACGUGUGGUGACGUCAUAAGAUGUGCGCUCGCUGCGCUGCCUCUCGUCUUCUCGUUUGAGGUAGCAUUUAGGAUGCAAUAUAAACGAUAAAAAACACGCUUAAUUUUUAAACAUCGAAAUAUUUAAACAUUAUUGAAUCUUAUUGAAGCAAUGUUAAUUAAUAUUACAGUAUUGUAAUACUUUAUUGUAAAGAACUGAGCGUUGUUCGACCACUAGGGCCAACAUUUAUACAAGGCAAUAAACAAAGAGAUUUACUUCACUUUAUCAAGCCAUUCAGGUCUGUUCCUGUAAAUGCUGAACAAACAAUCUUAAAUAAGACAAUCUUGAUUGAAGUCACUAUCACACCAGUUCAUCUAUAAAUACUGUGAAGAAGUCAAACAAGCAGCUGCUGUCACAACACAUUCAACUACUCUACUAUUCUGAUCCACUGUUGUAAUGAUGGAGUGUGUUAAAGAGGAGACUGAUCCUGAAUCAUUCACAAUAACACCUCAACAUACACAACAACAAACAGACUUCAUGGAAAUAAAGGAGGAAUAUGAAGAACAUGAAGUGAAGGAUGAACAUGAAGUGAAGGAUGAACAUGAAGUGAAGGAUGAACAUGAAGUGAAGGAUGAACAUGAAGUGAAGGAUGAACAUGAAGUGAAGGAUGAACAUGAAGUGAAGGAUGAACAUGAAGUGAAGGAUGAACAUCAACACCAGAGUUUCAUAAUUGAAGGAAAUUCUUUCAGCUCCUCACAAACUGAUGAGAAAUCACCUCAAGAAAGAGCUGAAGCUAAAAAACCUUAUGCUUGCCAUCUUUGUGAUAAGAGUUUCUUACACAGAGGAAACCUAAUAUAUCACAUAAGGGUUCACACUGGUGAGAGGCCUUACGCCUGCCCCCACUGUGAGAAGACUUUCAUUCAGAAAAGUGAGGUUAACGCUCACAUAAGAAUUCACACUGGUGAGAAGCCGUUCACCUGCCCUGAGUGUAAUAAGAGUUUCGGUAGAAAAUAUGAUCUAAAGCGUCACAUACGAGUUCACACUGGAUUCAAUCCUAGUUUCCCUUGCCCUCAUUGUGAUAAGAGUUUCCUAGGAAAAUCAGAUCUGGAGCGUCACAUACGAGUUCACACUGGAGAGAAACCUUUCUCGUGCCCUCAUUGUGAUAAGAGUUUUCAACAGAAAGGAGGUCUUCAGACUCACAUGCAAACUCAUACAAGAGAGAAGUACAGGCGGCGCUCAAGAUGUGGAGAUGGAAUAAACACUGCAUCAACCAACCGAAAGAUCCUUCCUCUACCAAUGAACAUAAGAGUUAAUGUAGCUUGUCAAUUACUAUGUAUAACACCCCAUGCUAUUCACAAUAUGAAUACACAGUGAUUAAACAAAUUAUCUGCAAAAUCUGAUAUUUGUAAGACCGUACUUUUGUGAAUAUUUGCAUUAUAGCAACCAAAGAGCCCUUAAGUGCUCAUUUUUAGGUGUUCAGACACCUAAAAACUUUUGGUGGAGUUAAUUUGACCUCAAGAUUGUAUAAAAUGAAUAACCUAAUGUACUGUUGUUUUUACUUUUAUUUUGAAUUAGGCAUUGAAUUGUGUUGUGUUUCAAAAAUGUUUUAAAAUUACCCUGGGAUUUUUUAUUGCAGUGUACAUAGUGAUGAUAUAGUGGAUACGGCAUCUUAACUUUAUUAUAAUGUAGCAAUAUAAUGUAGUUUAUAUUUACUGUCAAACUGUAAUUUACUAUGAUUUAGGAUGGUUCAAUAUUUGAUCGCUGUUUAUUAUAAAAACGGUUACAGUGAGUAAUUUCACUGAUUAAAGUAUCAAUAUAUUUAACCCGUUAAUUGGCGCUGUCCCGUGAGCGGGACACCUACGUUUAUUUCAAUAUUUUCUAUCACGACAAACUAUAUAUUGUUGGAAAGGUCUAAGAAUGUAGUUUUCAUAUUUCAAAACCUUUUAGCAGUAAUAAUAAUGCAGUAACUGUAAUUUAUUCAUUUGUGACACAAGUAUGCAUCAAACCUCAAAGCAAACCAGCACAAACCUCAUUUUUUUGACAAUUUUAUGUAUUAAAAAUUAUACUAUAUUGCAUUUUUAUUUAUUACAAAUAAAUGUAAACUGCUUUAAAAAAAAUAAUAUUUUCACCUCCUGACACUUCCCUAAAAAACGUUGAAGUGUCUUCUUUAAAACCAAAAAUUACCAAAAUUAAAACCAAAAUUAGGCUUCUAGACCAAAAAAAAAAAAAAUGCCAGAGUUAUAUUAAUUUAAAGUUAUAUCACCUUUUCACCAACCCCUCCACUCAAAAAGGGCUGCGCCAGUUAAAGGGUUAAUAAAAAAUACAAAUAAUGGUCCUUAAUCUUUACUUUCAACUGUGUGCUACAGUUACAAAAAAAUAAAUCAAUUAUCAUGUUUUAUUUUUAUUUAACAUUCAUGAUUGCAGUUUCCCAGACAGGGCUUAAGACUAGUCCCAGACUUAAAUGCAUGUUUGAGCUGUCUCAACUUAAAACGGCUUGUACUGACCUAUUUUAAAAUAUAUCAGUGAUGUUGUUUUGUUACAAGAUGCACAGCAGCAGUGUGUUUUUGAAAAUUAUGUUUUUAAAAACAAUUUAAUUGUUUUUCAUUAAUUUACAUGAUCUUGUUUGCAAUCUGAUAAUGUCCCAAAACUAUCAUUCGGUCAUUAUUCACUUAUAAGACAGCACUGGAUAUCUCCAUUAUCAGAUCUAAUUUUGCAAUAUUUUAAGAUAUUCUUUCUUUCACUGUCUUUGUGAUAAUACUUGCAGUUCAUACUACAAGAUCACAGUUUGCAUACAAUGCAAUGUAAUUUCUUUAUUUUGUUAUGUAAACUGUAAAUAAGUGUGAUUAAGAUGCAGUCUUGUUCACUGGUAGAUUCUAUAAUUCUAGAUUCGUUUAAGAAAUGUGGGGUGUUUGACUUUUAAUAUAUUUAUUUUACCUAUACAUUCAUGUUUUGCAUCCUUUGUAGUUACUUAAUUUCCUUGCAUUUCACGAAUUUUUAAAGAUUAAAUAAAAGGACUUUUAUUUUGCUUCUUGAGGUCUGUCGUGUGGUGACGUCAUACGAUGUGCGGCCACUGGCUGCGCUGCCUUUCGUCUUCUCGUUUGAGGUAGCAUUUAGGAGGCAAAUUCAACGAUUGAAAAAUACCCUUAUUUUUGAACAAAUAAAUAUUUAAAUAUUGUAUAUUAUUAAAUCUUUUGAAACAAAGUUGGUAAAGAUUACAGUAUUGUAAUACUUAUUGUAAAGUACUGAGAGUUGUUCGACCACUAGCGCCAACAUUUAAACAAUGCAAAAAAGAGAUGUACUUCACUUUUUUAAGCCAUUCAGAGGUCUGUUCCUGUAGAUUCUGAAGAAACAAUCUUAAAUGACGCAAUCUUCAGUGAAGUCACCAUCACACCAGUUCAUCUAUAAAUACUGUGAAGGAAGUCAAACAAGCAGCUGCUGUCACAACACAUUCAACUACUCUACUAUUCUGAUCCACUGUUGUAAUGAUGGAGUGUGUUAAAGAGGAGACUGAUCCUGAAUCAUUCACAAUAACACCUCAACGUACUCAACAACAGAAAGACCUUAUGAAGGAGGAAAGUCAAGAACACAAUAAAGUGGAGGAGAAGCAUCAACCCCACAGUUUUAUAAAGGAAGAAGAUUUAUCCCGCUCUUCACAAACUGAUGAGAAUGUACCUCAAGAAAGAGCUGAAGCCAAAAAACCUUAUGCCUGCGAUCUUUGUGAUAAGAGUUUCUCACAAAAUGGGAAUCUAAUUUAUCACACAAGGAGCGUACACACUGGUGAGAGGCCUUAUGUAUGCCCCUACUGUAAGAAGACUUUCAUUAUUAAUAGUCGGCUUAUGAACCACAUAAGAAUUCACACUGGUGAGAAGCCGUUCACCUGCCCUCAGUGUGAUAAAAGUUUCCGAACAAAAUCAGAUCUAAGGCGUCACAUACGAGUUCACACUGGAGAAAAACCUUUCACAUGCCCUCAUUGUGAUAAGAGUUUCACACAAAGAGGAAGUCUUCAGGCUCACAUUGAACUUCAUACAGGUGAGAGGGAAAAGCGGAUCUCACGAAAGAGGAGAGGUGGGAAAAAAACUACAUCGACCAACCAAAAGAUCCUUCCUCUACCACCGAACAACAACGUAAAAGUUAAUAUAGCUUGUCAACUACUAUAUGUAACACCCUAUGCUACCACAAUAUGAAUACACAUUGAUUAAACAAAUAAUGACAUAAAAACUGACUCUCUAAGAUGUAGAUGCUUUUAACUUAACUUGUCUCUAACACUGAUAUGAUAUAUGGCUGUCAUGAUUAUGACAUUUGGCUGACGGUUAAUUGUCUAAUAAAGUGUGACGGUUAAUUGCCUGUUUAGGGUUUUGACGGUUAUGACGAUUAA